AUGGCUCAGGCCCUGCUGGCUGCCUGCCUGGAGCUGGUUCCUGGCCCCACCAUGAAGCCCGGGGGCCUCUUGCUCAUCCUGGGGUCUUUUGCCCUCUGGGCUGAGCUGUCGGCGGCACCAACGAAAGACUCUGCUGGGUCCUCACCUCUCCCCCAGCUUGGCGGCACAGGGACGCACCAGCCGGGGGAAAUCCCAUCAACGGACGAAGGCAGCAGACUCCCCUCUGCAGUGAAGAAGGACGCCCGCGUGCUCCAGACGGACCCCGUGCCGGGGGGAGACCCCCUCCCCUCAGAAAGGCCUGCCUGCAAGAAAGGACUCGGGAACAAAACGGAAGCGGGGUCUGCUGGGAAACCCCUCUGCGGUGAAAAGCCAGUCUGUGCUGGGAAGCUGGCACCUGCCGGGGCGCACCUGGCGCAUCUCUCCCCCACCUCCGACGGAAAGCUGACUUCUGGUUGUGACGAGCCCACGUCUGGGGGAAUGGCCUCGUCCGACUCUGGCCACGCGACUCCUGGGAAACCCCCCCAAGCUGGGAAGCCGGCCCCUCACAACCAGCCAGGAUCCAGCGAGAAACCUGCGGCCGAGAAGCCUCAAGCGGAGGAGGAACCGGAGGAGGAUGCUGGGGAUGGGGACGGUGAUGGCAGUGAAGAAGAGGAAGAAGGUGAUGACGAUGACAAUGAUGAAGACGAGGAGGAGGGGGACAGAUACGAAGGUCUCAGUUCCAUCUUCAGUGAGGACAAUGACGAGGGAAAGGAAGACACCUUCGACCACGAACUCGAUUACGGGCUGGAUCAGUCCCCCCUCAACAGCGACGAGUACCACGACUGGUGGGGUGGGGGCGAGGCUGAGGAGCUGGAGGCCAGACCCAAGGGGGAGGGGGAGGAGGAGGGAGGGGGUGCCGAUGCCUUUGAGGAGCCCGUGUUCGAUGUGUGGGGAGACCCUGUGGAGAAAGGAUCCAGGCCUGAGGCCCGGUCUGGCGGAGGCCGCUUCUGA